UAUAUACAAAUUCUUUCUCCGCCUCUCUUAUCCGAACUGGGUUUAUAAUUUUCUUGAAUUACAGAUAUUUGUGUGUAAUUUGGGUUGUUUUUGUAUGAAAGAUGACGGCUUUUGAUCGGAAAGUGAAGGCUGAAUUGCCGAGUAAAUCGCCUAGGCCUUCAAAUAAGCUUCAUGUUUCAGUUCCGGUGGCGUCUGGUCGGGUUGCGGAGGCGGCGGAGGUGGCGGAGGCGGCUUGUUUGGCUUACGAGCACUACGUUAGGCUGCCGGAGCUGAAGGAGCUGUGGGGUUGUAAGGAGUUUUCGGGGUGGAAGCAGGAGCCGCUGCUCAAGCCAGCUUUGCAAGGCUUGGAAAUAACUUUCCGGUUUAUCUCCGGCGCCUUGUCGGAUCCGAGGCCGUACGCGAACCGGCGAGAAUGGAAGCGGAGGUUGGAGUCCCUGGCGAGGAGUCAGGUCGAAAUCAUCGCUAUGUUAUGCGAGGACGAAGAAGCGGAGGACGGAGAGACACGUGGCGCGGCACCAAUCGUUGAUCUGACGUCAUCAGACGGCACGCUGGCUCGGCGGAACAGCUCGGCGGAGGUGUGGAAGCUCUCCGACGAGGUCACGGUGGUGAGCCGAACGAGCGAGGCCAGCUUGUUGCCCCGCCUGGUAACGUGGCGGAAAUCGGAGGAUAUCGCUGAGAAUAUCCUCGGAUUCAUAGAGAGCGAGAUGCGCAAGUGUCCGUACACGCUAGGGUUAGGCGAGGCGAACCUCAACGGUAAACCUAGUCUCGACUACGACGCCAUUGUUAAGCCCUCGGAGCUUCAUUCCCUGAAGAAAUCCCCCGCCGAGAGCAUGAAUCUGCAAAAUUUCGAGAAUCAAACUCUCUACACUACUCACCAGAUCCUCGAAACGUGGAUCUGCGCGUCCAAAUCAAUCCUGAACCGAAUCGCGGAGAGAAUCGAAUCAAAAUCCUUCGGAAACGCCGUAAGCGAUUGCUGGAUCCUGGAGAAAACCUGGAAUCUGUUAACCGAAAUCGAAAACCUCCACCUGUUAAUGGAUCCCGACGACUUCCUCCGGCUAAAGCACCAGCUAUCGAUCAAAGUAACCGCCGAAUCGCAACCGUUCUGCUUCCGAUCGAGAGGACUGGUGGAAAUCACGAAGCUCUCCAAGGAUCUGAGGCAGAAAGUCCCCGGUAUUCUGGACGUCGAAGUCGAUCCCAACGGCGGCCCAAGGGUUCAGGAGGCGGCGAUGAAGCUGUACGCGGAGAAGGACGGUUUCGAGAGGAUCCAUUUGGUUCAAGGCUUGCAGGCAAUUGAAAUGGGCGUGAAGAGAUUUUACUAUUCGUAUAAGCAGCUUUUGACGGUGGUUAUGGGGAGCUUGGAAGCCGGAGAUUCCGACGAUUCGUUGGCUCAGGUGUUCCUUGAGCCGACAUAUUUUCCGAGCUUGGAUGCGGCGAAGACGUUCUUGGCGGUGCACCGGAGCCACGAACAUGGCCGCCGGUUUAGUCCGUAAUUACGGAACCAAAAUUGGAGGAUAGUACAAACUAUAUGCGAAAACUUAUGCAAUUUCAUUUUUUUUUAAUUUAUUUUAUAAAAUUGUAUAAUUAGAAAUUUAGAAUUAAUUAUU